AAACUUUGUUUGUUGCUUUUAUCACGAACGAAAGACUAUCAAACACAGGGGAGUACGAAUGGUAUUAUUAUGAUGACGACAGCUAUGACAAAGGUGAGUCAAUUGAGCAGGGGUCAUGUGUGCCCCCUUCACCUAAAACUGUUUUGCUGUCUGAUCUCAUGAAGCUUCUGCUAAACGAUGCGGAGAAGGUGCGUUCGCUCACCGAUCUUCCCUUGUCAGUAUCCAUCCUGUUGCUACAGCAUUGCAAGUGGCUCUCUGAGGUAGCAGUGGAGGCAUAUUGUGAAGACUUUACAAAACUGCUUCAAAAUUUGAAGUUGACGACAGACAUAGCAUUGCAUGAGCCCACGCUUGUAACGAAUGCGGAGAGAAUCGAGUGCCUCAUAUGCGUUUCUGAUGCUGAGAAGGGUGAGGCAGUUGGGCUCUUGCAUUGCAAGCACUUCUUUCAUAUAAAAUGCUGGAAAGAAAUUGUUUGGCAUAACCUAAAUACUAAUGGAAAUUUAUGGAACUUCCGCUGUCCUAUGGAUGGAUGCGCGGAGUUAGUAGGCGCCCAAUGUUUGAGGGAAAUGUUUUCUACGCAAGAAGAGUCUCCUCUAUGCUCAAGGAUUGAACAACAUUUACUAUCAAAUUAUGUUGACACUUCUCCACGGCUGAGUUGGUGUCCGAAUGAAAAAGGCUGUGAAGGCAUUAUUUAUACCCCAAAAGCUCUUAGCUCCCGUGAAUCUGUGGAAUGCAACGUUUGUGGCUUGCGCUUCUGUUUCCAUUGCAAAAAGAUGCCACAUUCACCGGCUUUUUGUGACCAAGUGCAACAGUGGACUCAGAAACUGGAUAAAGGUGCUCAUACCGCAGGAUUUGUACUGACCCACACCAAAGGCUGCCCUAACUGCAAUGUGAGGAUAGAGAAAAGCCACGGAUGCAAUCAUAUGACGUGUAAGUGUGGCCAUGAAUUUUGUUGGAUGUGUAUGGGAAGAUGGUCAGACCAUAAGCAGGACUUUUUUUCUUGCAGUAAUGCCAAACAGCCUGAAGAAGUUACCAAGAAUAAAAAAAACGAUGAAAUUUAUUUUUAUAAGUUUUAUGAAAAAUAUAUGAUGCAAAAAGAUAGCAGUGCAACGGAAAGCGAUGAACUGGACAUGCUAGCGAAACGCACAUCUGAUUUUAUGGAAACUCAAGAAAACCCGUAUGCAUUCUUCAACAGCCCUGAUUUCUUGGCUAAUUUGCUAGGAAGUGUCAAAAGCGCUCUAAGUAUCGCACGGGAACGUAUUGCUUUCGCAAUCGUACGUAGUUACUAUAGCGAUAGUAGACUAAAUGAGACACAGCUCUUUUUGCACAUUAUGGGAUCUCUUCAAGAGGCAACAGAAAAUCUAAGCCAUCAACUGUCAAAAUUGAGGUACAGCGCGUCAAUCAACGUUAAAGAAUUGCAAGAAGGGGUAAGCAUGGUGAGGCGAUGGAUAUCGAUUCUGGAGGAGUGAAGACCCUUUCUACAAGGAGUUGUCGGAUUUUUCAAGAUAUACAUAUUAUUUGGCAUUAUCCCCUUUAUUCGUUUUUGCUGUCAUUUUUCACAACAUCAUUUUAUUUUAUUUUUGGGCCGUCUCCAUUAACUUUUUGCUUAUUGAAAACUAGUAGGCUGGAAUAAGAAGUCCCUCUCAAAAUUCCUGAAUGGAUUAGAUAGAAAGGAUCACCUUUUUCUGAGUCGCAUCGACUCUGCCUAGAAUAACUCUGUGAUAUUAUCGCUUUUGA